AUGAAUAGAACAUCCCUCAGCCGUCGAGGGGUUGGAGGUGGAAAGAACGUGGACAAGCACCAGCCAAAAGCACUUACAUACCCAAAAGGACUCUUAUCAGGACGCGUUGGUUGGUCCUCUCUUGUGUUUUUGGUUUGCCUCUGCACAUUCCCACAACAGACGUGGAGUGCAAGUCUAGCUGGUUCCAAAGUGGAACAUCCAGGAGUUUGUCCCAACAAGCUGAAUGCCAACCUCUGGGUUGAUGCACAAAGCACCUGCGAACGGGAAUGUGAAGUUGACCAGGUGAGGCAUUUAUAUUUAUUCAUUAUUUAAUUCCACAAUCCAUUGUUUGUCAUUUGUUUAUGACAAACUUAAACUAUUGUAAGGAAAUGUGUUACACUGUAUGACUACAAGUUCAUUAUAUUUUCUAUUUAUUGUAUUAGGCCUACCACUUGCUAUUAGUUGUAUUGAAAUACUAUGCAUUUUUGCCUCAGUAAAUGCCUGUUGUUAUUCCCCAGGACUGUGCUGGCUUUGAGAAGUGCUGCACCAACGUGUGUGGACUUUUCAGCUGUGUGGCCGCCCGUUUCUCUGAUGGCACCCCUGCUCAGCCGGAUGGCCAGGGCGGAGGAGGGAAGGGCUCCGGGGGCCAGGGUUCCAUCGCCACCUGCCAGGGCUUCAUCUGCAGUCAACAGGGGGCCACCUGCGACAUCUGGGAGGGCCAGCCCAUCUGCAAGUGCCAGGACCACUGCGAGAAGGAGCCCAGCUUUACCUGUGCCUCCGACGGACUCACCUACUUCAACAAGUGUUACAUGGACGCUGAGGCCUGUACACGGGGUGUGACACUAACCGUGGUGACCUGCCGGUUUCAUCUAUCCGGGCCUCAAACAAGUCCACUGCCCCCAGGACACAACAGCGAACCCCACGCUGACGUCCUCCCUGGAGGACCCCAUUCCCCCAACGCUCUUCUCCAACCCCAGCCACCAGUCGGUCUACAUAGGCGGCACGGUGAGCUUCCACUGCGACGUGAUGGGUGUCCCGCGGCCUGUCGUGACCUGGGAGAAGCAGAGUGAGCGCCACGAGAGCCUGGUAAUGCGGCCCGACCGGAUGUACGGCAACGUGGUCAUCACAAACAUCGGCCAGCUAGUCGUCUACAACGCCCAGGUGUGGGACACGGGCAUCUACACUUGCGUUGCCCGAAAUGCCGCCGGGGUCCUCCGCGCUGACUACCCUCUCUCCGUCAUCCGUCGGGCCGAGGAAGACGUCUUCUCCGAGGAACCCGAGAUGGCAGGCAUGCCCAUGGGGCUACCGUUCUCGCCCGCUGACUGCCUGGCGGAGGUGGACCGGCGGGAGUGCUCCACCGAGCGCCACGUUGACUGGUACUAUGAUGCCGAGCAAGGCACCUGCCUGGCCUUCUCCAACGGGGGCUGCGAUGACAGCCGCAACCGCUUCGAGACUUACGAGGAGUGCCGGGCAUCCUGCCAGAGGGAGGGGAUGGGGAUCUGUUCCUUACCCGCGGUCCAGGGCCCCUGCAAGAGCUGGGAGGCCCACUGGGCCUGGAACUCCCUCUUGAAACAAUGCCAGGCCUUCGCUUACGGCGGUUGCCAGGGCAACGACAACCGCUUCCGAUCCAAGAAGGAGUGUGAGGCCAACUGCCCGCAGUCCAAACGACGAGCCUGCAAAACAUGCCGGGUCAAAGGUAAAAUCGUCCCGAGCCUGUGCCGGAGCGAUUUCGCCAUCGUCGGUCGAUUGACGGAACUGAUCGAGGACCUUGAUUCUGGGAUCGCCCGGUUCAGUCUAGAAAAGAUCCUCCGCGACGAGAAGAUGGGCUUGGCGUUCUUUAACACCCAGCACCUGGAGGUGACCCUGGCUAAGAUGGACUGGAGCUGCCCCUGCCCCAACAUCACCAUGGAGGAGGGCCCCCUAUUGGUCAUGGGGGAGGUGCAGGACGGCAUGGCCGUGAUACAGCCCGACAGCUAU